UGAUCAGCUGUGUCCAAUCACAGCUAAUCGCAUAGGAGAGCCGGUAAUCAGCAUCCCUCAGAGGGGACAUGUACACUGAUCAUCAGGGCACUGAUGAUCAGUGUGCCCUGAUGAUCUGUGUAGCCCCAGCAGUGCCACCUGUCAGUGUCCAUCAGUGCCAGCUGUCAGUGCUCAUCCAUGCCACCUGCCAGUGCCCAUCAGUGCCACAUCACUGCCACAUUGCAGUGCCUACCAGUGCACAUCAAUGCCACAUAUCAGUGCCCAUCUGAGCUGCCUUUCAGUGUCACCCAUCAGUGCCAGUCAGUGCCACCUAUCAAUGCCAGUCAGUG